AUGACAUCUUCCGGAUCCACAGCGACUGGUCCCCGCGAGGACGUUUUCUCGAAUGAAGAUCUAUUGGAUAUUGUGUGCGGCUUUCUACUCGACGAUCCAGUUACGACAGAAUACUGGCCUCGACAACAGCUCCUCCGACUUGCGUUGACAGGAAAGGUCUUCCUCCAGCCUGCAUUGAAGGCUCUUUGGAGUCGACUCGAUGGUCUACUACCCCUCUUGAAGUUGCUGCCAGGAUUCACCCUUAUCAGUAAUGUCUAUGUGAUGAAUGGAGGGGUCGACGAUGAGCAAUGGGCGAAUGUCAGGCACUAUGGGCGCCUCGUCAGGUCUAUCCGUUUUGCACGCCAAACACAAAAAGUCUCGUCUUUCGCCUACCAACACCUGUCCGUCUUCCAGGAGUGCAAACCGGGCAGACGACUACUGCCCAAUCUGCGCAAGAUUACCGUGGAAUGUAAUGCGGAAUGCGACUAUCCAGCUGCCUUUCUUACCAUUCAAUCGGGUUUGGAGAAGGUGGAGAUUCGUGGUGUGGGAUCAGAUUCUCGAAGAGAUGUGGAGUUCCUUCAGCAGUUCAUCCUCUCUGUCUCCCUUCGAGCUACGAACCUCAAGGGAUUGAUUCUGGAAGGGAGGGGAGAUGACACGAUCGCUCCAAUCUUUGCCGACAUCCUCAACUUUACCCGGGUAUCGCGUCUGGAUAUCAACCUUCCUCCUCUCACCAUUCCACUCGAGUUCCUCAGAAGAUUAGGGAAGCUCACCGAUCUAGCCUCCCUGUCCAUCGCAACAGGGUCAAUGUCGAACACCGUUCCCCCGCAGUCCUUCAGGGCUCCUAAAGACGAGUCUUCCGAGUCAUCUCUUCCCCCCUUCCCUUCCCUAAGAACGUUGAGCCUUCAAGGAGCCUCGUCCGGCAUCGCAAGGGCGCUUUCGGUGACCUCAUCAGGUUCUGUCCAAUCCGUCGAGUUGACCGCCACCUCCGUCCAGCAAGCAGACCCUCAGCAAUGGAGGGACUGCUUCCAUCACAUUUCCGAGGGUUGCUCGCAGCUACGAUCAAUCAAGGUUUCCCAAAUGCCCAACGUCAAUGCCAAUUUCACACUCCCCAUGAUCGAGCCUCUCCUCGACCUCUCGACUCUUUCUUACCUCCACCUCGAGGUAUACACCCUUUCCGGCGGAAACUCACUCAUCAGCGCCAUCGCCAAUUCGUGCCCAAAACUCGUCUCGCUCGUUCUCCCCUCACUUUCGUCCUCCGAAAAUCCUGACAUCACAUGCUUGCCAUUACUCGAAGCCGGGUGCCCUGAACUUCUCGAAGCUCGGUUAUGCUUUACUCUUCGUCAUGUCGAGAUGUCAGAACUCGGGGCUCCGCGCUGCGACCAAUCUCAACGCCACGGCCUUCAGAUCCUGCAUAUCAGUAACGCCGGUGGGGAGAAAACCUUGCCGAUCGCAACUUGUCUCUCCAUAGCUUCUUGGAUAGAUGCCCUGUUCCCCUCGUUGGUCGAGCUGAAUAGGCAUAUAGACCAGCGUGGUCAGGGCAGAGGCUCGGAACAGACCUUGCAAAACAUCCGUUCGUCGUUGUUUUCUCUAAAAGCUGCCAGAGAGAGAGAACGGAGUAGCAUUUUGGCGAGGCCAAAGGAUUCAAAGGCUGUAGGAAGUGACAGGAUCUAG